CUUACAAAGCAAAUGGUGGAAAUGCUGUUGCGGCUUUCUUGGCGUUCUUCAUAUCAUCUGCAAGCUUUUAAGAACAUUUAACAAGCUAAUAGUCAACCUGCAGGAUAUUGCACUCGACUUGCAAGCCCAGGAUGGAAGCCAUAAAACAGAGGAGGAAUGGACCCACUGGUAUUACCAAGCCUUCUUCAGGGAUCCCAGCGUCCGACAGAGAUCCAGACCCUGAGACUGAUGAUAUGGCUGUAGAUGACGAAGCUAAAAACAAUGCGGAAGCAGCAACACAUACCCAUCCUCAAGGAUCCCAGGACGUGAUAGUUGAAGUUGACAGGAAAGGCGAAUUCGUCUUCCCAGUAUCCUUUAAAACUUUUCUUAACAGCCUGAACCUAAAUAAGAUAACCGAUACCAAAGAAGAACUUGAAAAUCCCUUGGUCGUUGAGGCUUUGGGCCACCGUAACCUUAAAAAGUUCUUUAACCGGAUCUAUAUGUUCCCGGAAAACCGAUGCAAAAUUAACUUUUUUAGAGAUAAGCCUGUAACUUCUUUGGUGAAGCUGCUUCAGUUAGGCAGGCCGCAUAAUAAAAUGGCAGCCGAGACUGUAAUGAAGCAUGCUGCAAAAAGAUCCAAUAACAAGAAGUCAGCAGGGAGGACCGUGUAACAUCAGCACAAAAAACCGAAAAACAAAUCCUUCUCGAGCAAGCCAAGGAAAUAUUUUUCGCCGAAAACACCACGGAUCUGAAGUACUUGAUCUGCACAAGCCUUGGCUUGAGAUCCAUUUGGCGCAUACUCUACCAACUAACUCUUCAGGAAUUCUCAGACUACAUGAUGGGGAGGGCUUAUAUGAAAGCAGUGAAACUUUGCUACCAACACGUCGUGAAAUAUGGCAACUGGCCAAUUAAAGCAGCUACUCCACAUUAAAGGAGUACAGCUGGAUAA